AUGAAUCAAGAUGACUCGGUCAAUUCGUCUAAUCUAGAAUCCUGGUUUGAGGAUGUAGGUGCUCCGGCCAAAGUCCUCGAAUACUUGACAUCGGAUUCGUUCCCCUUGUCGCAGUAUAAGCAGAAGGCCUCGGUUCUAGACCUCGGAACGGGGAAUGGUAGUGCUCUGUUCUCGCUCCGCCAAGAGGGUGGCUACACUGGACCACUUGUGGGGAUUGACUAUUCCGACCAAGGCAUUCAGCUUGCGAACCGACUAAAGAUUCACUUUGCCAAUGACCCCGAAGAUGAGCGACACAUCGCUGUUCGCGAUAUGACAUUUGAUGUGUUUGAUCUGAUCAAGGAAAGUCCUGAAAAGAUGCCCUGGUGGCCAAAGGAUGGGACUGGCUUUGACUUGGUCCUGGACAAGGGCACGUUCGAUGCCAUUUCCUUGUCUUACGACACUGUGCCUGACGUACAUGGUGCCCAGCAACAUUUGAACCAAGUCUACCCGGCCAAAAUCGCUGCAAUGAUCAAGCCCAAUGGCUUCUUUCUGAUCACCAGCUGUAACUGGACCGAGGAUGAAAUCGUGAGAUGGUUCACCACAACAAAAAGUAUUCAAGGAGUGUUCGAUGUCUUUGACAAGAUCAAGUACAAGGUAUUUGAAUUCGGGGGUCGUAAAGGACAAGGCGUUACAUCUGUCUGCUUCCAAAAGAGAGCCUAA